AUGGGGCCGGCAGCGGUUCUCUUCCUCCUCCUCACGGUCGGCGCCUCGGAAGCCAAGCGAGCUGCAGAGUCCAGGAGUGAUGAUAACAGCGUCUUUGAUCUCUUUGAACUCAUUGGCUUCAUUCGGAAGGGAGCUGGGCGCCGGGCACCUGGGGUGCACCUGGUGAAGGGACCAGAAUCCUCCAGCCCUGCUUACCGCAUUGAAGAUGCUGAGCGCAUCCCCGCUGUCCCUGACUCCAAGUUCCAAGACUUAUUAGAUGCCAUCCAUGCUGAGAAGGGCUUCAUCCUCCUGGCCACUCUCCGGCAAGCCAAGAAGAGCAGGGGCACGCUGCUGUCUGUGGAACAGAAAGAUGGCUCUGGGCAUGUCUUCAGCCUGGUAUCGAAUGGCAAGGCAGGCACCCUGGACCUGAGCCUGUCUGGUGAUGGCAAGCAGCAGCUCGUCUCAGUAGAGGAUGCCUUGCUAGCUACAGGACAUUGGAAGAAUAUCACCCUGUUUGUGCAGGAGGACCGAGCUCAGCUCUAUGUGGGGUGUGAGAAAAUGGAGAAUGCUGAGCUGGACAUCCCCAUCCAGAACAUCUUCACUAGGGACCUGGCCAACAGUGCUAGGCUCCGUAUGGCUAAAGGGGGAGUCAACGACAACUUCCAGGGACUGCUGCAGAAUGUGCGGUUUGUGUUCGGAACCACUCUGGAAACCAUCCUCAGGAACAAAGGCUGCUCCAGCUCCACCAGUGCCAUCAUCACCUUGGACAACCCCAUCAAUGGCUCCAGCCCAGCUAUCCGCACAAAUUACAUCGGCCACAAGACCAAGGACAUGCAGGCUGUCUGUGGCUUCUCCUGUGACGAGCUGACAAACAUGUUCGUGGAGCUGCAGGGGCUGCGCUCCAUGGUCACGACACUUCAGGACAGAGUACGCAAAGUGACUGAAGAAAAUGAGCUCAUUGCCAAAGUGGUCCAGAUCACCCCAGGAGUGUGCAUUCAUAAUGGAAUCUUGCACAAAAACAAGGAAGAGUGGACUAUUGACAGCUGCACUGAAUGCACCUGCCAGAACUCUGCCACCAUAUGCCGCAAAGUGUCCUGUCCUCUCAUGCCCUGCUCCAAUGCCACCGUGCCCGAUGGGGAGUGCUGCCCCCGGUGCUGGCCUAGCGACUAUGCAGAUGAUGGAUGGUCUCCCUGGUCCGAGUGGACGUCCUGCUCUGUGACCUGUGGCAAUGGGAUCCAGCAGAGGGGGCGGUCCUGUGACAGCCUCAAUAACCGCUGUGAGGGCUCUUCUGUGCAGACCCGGACUUGCCACCUCCAGGAGUGUGACAAGAGAUUUAAGCAGGAUGGUGGCUGGAGUCACUGGUCCCCAUGGUCAUCGUGCUCUGUUACCUGUGGCACGGGCAUCAUCACGAGAAUUCGGCUGUGCAACUCCCCAGUCCCACAGCUGAAUGGCAAACCUUGUGAGGGUGAGGCAAGAGAAAACAAAGCCUGCCAGAAAGAUCCUUGCCCAAUUAAUGGCAACUGGGGUCCAUGGUCUCCAUGGGACGCCUGCACAGUGACCUGUGGAGGAGGACUUCAGAAGCGCAGCCGCCUCUGCAAUAACCCUGAGCCUCAGUAUGGGGGCAAGGCUUGUAUAGGGGAGGCCAGAGGGACUCAGGUCUGCAACAAGCAGAACUGCCCAAUUGAUGGGUGUCUGUCCAACCCCUGCUUCGCAGGGACCACGUGUACCAGCUCCCCUGAUGGCUCCUGGAAGUGUGGUGCCUGCCCUGCUGGCUAUCAUGGGGAUGGGAUCCACUGCCAAGAUAUUGAUGAGUGCAAAGAAGUUCCUGAUGCCUGCUUUGUCUUCAAUGGAGUGCACAGGUGUGAGAACACUGACCCUGGCUACAACUGCCUGCCUUGUCCACCACGCUUCACUGGGACACAGCCCUUUGGUCGCAGCAUGGAGGAUGCCAUGGUUAACAAACAGGUGUGCAAGCCACGUAACCCCUGCACAGAUGGCACACACGACUGCAACAAGAACGCCAAGUGCAACUACCUCGGCCACUUCAGUGACCCCAUGUACCGCUGCGAGUGCAAGCCAGGCUAUGCUGGCAACGGCAUCAUCUGUGGGGAAGACACUGACCUGGAUGGGUGGCCCAAUGAGAACCUUGUCUGUGUGGCCAAUGCCACCUACCACUGUAAAAAGGAUAACUGCCCCAAUCUGCCCAACUCUGGCCAGGAAGACUAUGAUAAGGAUGGGAUUGGUGAUGCCUGUGACAGUGAUGACGAUGAUGAUGGAAUUCCUGAUGACCGGGACAACUGUCCCUUCAUCUACAACCCCCAGCAGUAUGAUUAUGACAGGGAUGAGGUUGGUGACCGCUGCGAUAACUGCCCCUACAACCACAACCCUGAUCAGACUGAUACUGACAACAAUGGGGAAGGAGAUGCCUGUGCAGUGGACAUUGAUGGGGAUGGGGUCCUCAAUGAAAGGGACAACUGCCAAUAUGUCUACAACGUAGACCAGAGGGACACAGACCUGGAUGGUGUUGGAGAUCAGUGUGACAACUGUCCUCUGGAACACAAUCCUGACCAGGAAGACACUGAUUCUGACCUCAUAGGUGACCAGUGUGACAACAACCAGGACAUCGAUGAAGAUGGCCAUCAAAAUAACCUUGAUAACUGCCCCUAUGUGCCCAAUGCCAACCAAGCUGACCAUGAUAAGGAUGGAAAAGGUGAUGCCUGUGACCAUGAUGAUGACAAUGAUGGUAUCCCUGAUGACAAAGACAACUGCAGAUUGGUUGCCAACCCAGAUCAAGCUGAUUCAGAUGGUGAUGGCCGUGGGGAUGCUUGCAAAGAUGACUUUGACCAAGACAGUGUGCCAGACAUUGAUGAUAUCUGCCCUGAAAACGUGGACAUCAGUGAGACUGACUUCCGAAAGUUUCAGAUGAUUCCCUUGGAUCCCAAAGGAACAUCCCAAAACGAUCCCAACUGGGUGGUUCGUCACCAGGGUAAAGAACUGGUUCAGACAGUCAACUGUGACCCUGGCCUUGCAGUUGGGUUUGAUGAAUUCAAUGCUGUGGACUUCAGUGGCACCUUCUUCAUCAACACAGAGAGGGAUGAUGAUUAUGCUGGCUUUGUGUUUGGCUAUCAAUCUAGCAGUCGUUUCUAUGUUGUCAUGUGGAAGCAAAUCACCCAGUCCUACUGGGACUCUACACCAACCAAAGCUCAGGGCUACUCAGGUCUCUCCAUCAAAGUUGUGAACUCCACCACUGGUCCCGGAGAACACCUUCGUAACGCUCUGUGGCACACAGGAAACACCCCUGGGCAGGUGAGAACCCUGUGGCACGACCCUCGGCAUAUAGGCUGGAAAGACUUCACUGCAUACAGGUGGCGGCUGAGCCACAGACCCAAGACUGGCUACAUCAGGGUUGUGAUGUAUGAAGGGAAGAAAAUCAUGGCAGACUCAGGACCCAUCUAUGACAAGACCUAUGCUGGGGGGCGGCUAGGGCUCUUUGUCUUCUCUCAAGAAAUGGUCUUCUUCUCAGAUCUUAAAUAUGAAUGCAGAGGAAUUACUGUGACUAGUGCUGUGCAGCUACAAAAGAAGGAAUUCUUCUGGGACUAG